AAGUUUCUUGAGGAUUCGUUGCAUACACCUUCUUCCGAAAAUAAUGUCAUUAAUCAGUUAUAUUACGAAGUUUUAAAAUGGGCAUGUAUUCUCGAUAGCAUGAAGUGCAAAGAUAUUGUAAUGGCUGAAUUAACGUGGCAUAUANACAAUCCUGCACAAAACAGACUUUCGCCAAGUUGGCAAAGAUGGAUAUUUUAUGUUGUAUAUGAUAAUGUUUUGCCAUCUUAUGAAGCUACUGUAAAUUUAAAACUAAGUGAUAGAGUGUCUUUUCUUUUUAAUAUUCUUGCAAAGCAUUCAAAAACUGUUGCAUCGCUGACGUCUAUACUAAAUGUAAUAUAUUACAUAGAAAGCGACAAUAACAUACAUGCAAUAAUGAACUGUAUUAUUAACAACAUAUAUUCAGACGAAGGCCUGUCGAUGGUUACCGAUGGAAAGUUCUUACAAAUGCUGAGAGACAGACAUCGUGCGCCAUCUUAUGUUAUUUACGCCGUGAAACAAAAAGUUGAUGAUCGUCGUGCUUUACUAGUUAAAUUAAAAAAUAACUUCUUUCCAAACCGUAAAAUGCAUUUAUUUACAGAGAUUUAAUGUUAGACUUGUUACUCGUUUUAUUUAUCUUAAAGGAACAAAUGCUACCAAUUACUUGUUUUUCUCAAUACUUAUGUGACUUGUGUGUAAUAAGUAAAGUUUUCUUUUAUGACAACAAAAAAUAUUUAUUACUUAUAUUUAAAAUCGGUAAUACAGUUUGCCGAUUUUAAUAUAGUUACUAAUUCGCGCCAGUUGUCCACAAAAGAAAAUCAGAUCAGUAUUAAAAAUAAAUAGUUUUUAAUAGUAUAUUUGAUUAAAGUAUUGUUGUAAAGUUAAGUAUUCAAUAAGCAUCUUGCACAAAACAUAAAUAUAUAUUAAGUACAU